CUCAUGCACAAAUAUAUUUAAAGUCGCAAAUGAACAGCAGAGCACAAUCUGUGACUUCUCUCUGCUCAGUGAAAACCUGGUUGAUCAGUUAGUGCAAGGAUGAAGUGCAGUGUGGCCAUUUUUGUCCUGUCAGUGGUUGUCCUUGCGGCUCAACCUGGAGAAGGUUUUUUUCACCUCAUCCCUGAUGUCAUCAAAGGUGUUAGCCAUGGUAUUCAUGGCCUUGCUCACCUCAUCCGUGGGCCUGGAAACAAUGAAGUACAAGCAGACCAGCAACAACUGGACCAACAGGAAAUGGACCAGCAGCAACUGGACCAGCAGCAACUGGACCAGCAGGAAAUGAACCAACAGCAAAAAGACGAACAGCAACUUAACAAGCGUUCCUUUAAGUACCAGGCUGUAAAACAUCGUAUUGCUUAGACUCAGUGAGCAAACCUGAGAAUGCUUUCAAACUUGUGCUAAUUCUAUAAGUAGACUUGUCUAUAAGCUGGAGAAUCCUUUCUUGAAAAAUGUUUUCUUUGCUAAAAAUUAAGUUGAUCAGUUUGGCUCUUAGCCUGUUGAACAAUAAACCUCUGCAGCAGCAUA